ACUGUAUCAACGUCAACCAACUAACAGCAACAAAGUUCAAAGAUAAUAAUUUGCUGUGUAAAUAAAUCUGGCUCAUUAUAUUACCCGGUCAAUUAUUUGGUCACAUUUGUAUGUGAUUUUAUUAUUUUCAUCGUCAGUUUUGGUAGAAGUAUUUAUCAGCAGAAGUAAUAGCGUUGUUUAUCUGCGUUCCAGUGAGAUGGCACACAAAUCGAGUAAUCUUAAUUGUAAAUAUUCAAUUUUGCUGCCUACAUAUAAUGAACGAGAAAAUCUUCCAAUUAUCGUUUGGCUGAUAACUAAAUAUAUGGAUGAGAGUGGGUACGACUACGAGAUCAUUGUAAUUGAUGAUGGAAGCCCAGAUGGCACUUUAGAAGCUGCAAAACAGUUGGAAAAAAUUUAUGGAUCCAAAAAAAUUGUUUUGAAACCGAGAGAGAAAAAGCUUGGCCUCGGAACAGCUUACAUCCAUGGAAUUAAACAUGCCACUGGAAAUUUUAUUAUUAUAAUGGACGCUGAUCUAUCUCACCAUCCCAAGUUUAUCCUGGAGAUGAUCGCCCUACAACAGAAACACAACCUAGACGUUGUGUCCGGCACUCGCUAUGUAGGCACAGGUGGAGUCUACGGCUGGGACUUCAGACGCAAGCUGAUCAGCCGAGGCGCAAACUUCCUUACUCAGCUGCUACUGCGACCCGGGGCAUCCGACCUUACUGGUAGCUUCAGGUUGUACAAGAAAGACGUACUACAGAAGUUGGUGGAGUCUUGUGUCUCUAAGGGAUAUGUGUUUCAAAUGGAGAUGAUCAUCAGAGCUCGACAGUUCAAUUACUCCAUAGGAGAGGUACCAAUCACGUUCGUCGACAGAGUGUAUGGAGAAUCUAAACUUGGAGGUUCAGAAAUAUUCCAGUUUGUCAAAUCCUUGUUGUACCUGUUCGCUACUACGUAACGUCAAGAUUUAACGACAGCUUCAGAUGCAUUCCUCUCAUGUAUUUAUGUAAAAAUGUAAUAAUGGUGAUAUUGCAAACAAUUUGUUAUUAUAGAAAAUAUAUUAUAGUUGAUUUGUUUUAUAUUA